AUGGUUAUGUUUCUAGCUCUAGUUUCGUCUCUUCAAAGGAAGAAGAGGUUAUCAACGACGAAAAGAAGAGGAAACGUAAAAAGAAGACGACAAGGAGAUGUUUUGGUAGCGCCGGAAAAGAUUCCUUUGGAACUCCAGAUCGAGAUCAUGACUAGAUUGCUUGGUAAAUCGCUUAUGAGUUUUAAGUGCCUCUCAAAGUUCUGGUCUUGUUUCAUCCGUUCCCGGUAUUUUAGCAACCUUUGUCUUACGGUCGCAUCCCCACAGCGACCACCUCGUGUAUACAUGAGUUUGGUGGACCACCAAGCGUGUGAUUCAAAGGAGGAGGUCUGCCACAACCCCCAAAAGGCUCGACUGCUAUCAUUAUCGUCAUCAUCGUCUAGUGAUAGUGCUGAUGAGUCUUUGGAGCCAGAUUUGACCAUCCCAGGGAUGGGAGGACAAGACAUGGUGGUUCUUCGCGGCUUGAUUUUAUACACAGUUUGCAGGAAGGCGAUUAUAUAUAAUCCGGCCACUAGACAAAGCGUGACCUUGCCCGCCGUCAAAUCCGACAUCUUUGCUCAGGAAGAAUCUGAAAAGCAUGUCAACUACUUUCUCGGACAUGAUCCUGUUCUUGAUCAAUACAAAGUAGUCUGCACUGCUGUGACAUGGUCGGAAGUUGAUGAUUUUGAGACUUUAAACUCGGAGCAUUGGGUCUUCGUACUGGAAGCCGGAGGUUCCUGGAAAAAAGUCGAGUUUGAUCAACAACCUCACAUUCCUACAAAACUAGGACUGUGCAUCAAUGGAGUCAUAUAUUAUUUGGCUUCCACUUGGACCUCUAGCGAGUUCGUUAUCAGUUUCGACGUUAGGUCUGAAGAGUUCAACAUGGUCCAAACACCUGGUUUGGGAAAGUAUGUGGGGUUUAUAGAGUAUGUUGGAAAGCCAACAGUUUUUGAUCACACACAUCUUCGACAAAAUGGCCUGGUGGAUUUAUGGGUCAUGGAAGAUGAUGGUGGAAGUUGGUCGAAGAAAUCUCUUGUUUUGAAGCCUUGUCAGAUGCAUUUAGUCAAUGGCAUCACUGAUUUGGACCAUUUGUACGUGGAAUCUGCAACUCAAAACGGCGAGAUUAUCUUGGUACCGAGACCGAUGCCUUCCCCUAAUUACUUUCUCUAUUAUGAUCCGCAAAAGAAUCAUCUGCGGAAGGUUAAUGUCAGUGGAAUAUUCGGCCACGACGGGUUUGGUAAGGUAUACAUUUUUUUCAAGCAUAUGGAUAAGAGUGGUGAAAGCAUCAUGCACUUGGAAACUUGA